AUGGCACGCUCGAAGGACGUCGAAAAGUCAUCCGAGACGGCGAAGCCAACUCCUGCGAAAAAAUCGGUUGUCUCGAAGCCAGUCACUUGCAAGGAUGGAAAUAAGAAAGGCGCUUCUAUUUCUGAGAACGCUUCUGUAUCUCCUGCUCUCAUAGCUGCUAUUAGCAGCUUCCUUACCACUUACGGCUUCGACAAGACCAGCAAGGCUUUCACUGCUGAGCGGAAGGCGAAGAAAUCGCUUAUGAAGGCGGGAGACAAGUCGAAUGAUAAAGGGACCACAAAUAAGCCUUUUUUAGUUAAGAUUUUUGAGAGAUGGGAGCUUAUUCGCAAUGCGCAGCAUUCUGUGGAGAAAGAGGGCACACUGCGAUGCGGCGACAGGGACAAAAGUGAUACUAGCGAUUCCGAGUCCGAUUCCAACUUUACUGAAUCUAGCGACUCUGAUGUUGUUAUGGAGGGUGCGCGUGCGCCCUCUUCAGUUUUAUCUUUAUCUUCUUCCUCGUGCUCAUCUUCUGCAAGUGAAAGUAGCGAUGAGGACGUCAAGAAGGCACCAAUUACUCAACUGAGCAAUCAAAAACGCAAACAUGAUGAUAGCUCGAGUUCGUCUUGUGAUUCUGACUCGGACGAGGCCCAUCCCGAGGUAAAGCGAACAAAGCUGACAACCGAGAAACCAACGCUGAACUCAUUGGCCAAGUCAUCUUCUACUUUAGAAUCGUCAUCUGAAUCAUUUUCAGGCUCUGAUACAGGUUCUGAUUCUAGUUCUGAUUUCGAUUGCGAUUCCACCUCUGACUCUAAUUCUUCUUCGUCGACAUCCGCAUCUGUCAAGUCGAAGCUGAUACCAAUUACCAAAUCAGCAGAAGCAGCUACCAUUGCUGCCCAGAUUCCGCUUCCCGGGUCUGUCAAAAAGGGUUUUGGUGACUCUUCGCCCUCCUCAUCCUCGCCAUUUUCCGGAAGCUCAUCCGAUACAGAUAACAGUUCGAGCUGCAGACAGUUAGCAGAUUCAAAUGCAACACAUAAAAAUAGCUCCUCAUCGAGCAACUCUUCUUCCGACUCAUCUUCCAAUUCAUCAUCAUCCGACUCGUCUGUGAGCAAGAAGAGGAGAAAGGAACAGUCAAGCAAUCAAUCAAACAAAUCCGCGACCUCCUCCGCCAUCCUCAAGAAAGCCGCCUCCAUUACUUCAACAUUCAACAUCGUUUCAGCCCGGGGCUCAAACCCAGCCGCAUCUACUCCAUCUAUUAAACAUUCAGGGACUCAACCAACACCUUUAGCGCUAGCCGGGCAGCUGUCACACGACCACCCUUCUAAUGCCUAUAUUCCAUACGCGUAUGCGGAACGUGCAUACAAGGACCUCUCAGUCACUCGUGGAAAGGGGUUCACAAAAGAGAAAAAUAAAAAAAAGCGGGGUUCAUACCGGGGAGGGCUUAUAGACAUUGGCCCAGGUAAGUCAUUUAAAUUUGAAGACUAG